AUGAGCGGACCGCUGACAAACAUGAGUGAUGGUAAAUUUCAACUUGAACUUGUGAAUCGAGCCAUUGACCGAGGUGCCAUCAUACUUGCAACCGUGUCCUCUGGAUUAGUACCAUUCGAUGCUCAAGUUGGCGGGAUAUCUUCUCACAAGAAGAUAUUCCUUCGUCUCGAGCCUUCCUACGUUCUGAAGCCUCUCCGACUCGACCACCGAAAAGUACGAGAGAUUGGGUUUUAUGACCUGGUGAACGACUUGGCUGAUCGCUCAAACCAAAAAUUGAGCAAUCAGAAAGAUCUGUUCUCUUCACUUUCGACCUUCGUACCUAAAUACUAUGGCGUAGCAAAGGUGAAGAGGGACCAACUAGACACAUCCGCAGUUACAGGUGAAGAGGAUGCUGAAUACAUAAUUUUGGAAGAUCUGACGAGAAAUUAUUCAAAGCCUUGCAUUAUUGACGUGAAGAUGGGAACUCAAUCCUUCGAGCCUGAUGCAAGCGAUGAAAAGAAGCUGAAGGAGGCUGGAAAGUAUCCACAACAGACUGACUUUGGGUUGCGUAUAGUUGGCAUGAGAGUGUACAAUCCAUCCAACGCGAACGCUAACGACGAUGGCUACGUACAUUAUUCCAAACACUUUGGCAGAUCUCUGAAUACUAGAUGCAAGCUAAAGGAGGCAUUCCGAGCUUUCAUCGGUACGCGAGGCAACGGGGAAUCCAUCUCAAAUGUACUUGAGCAGCUGGAGGAAAUCAAGGCUUGGUUCUUGAAAAACAAUUAUUUUGGCUUCUAUUCCAGCUCUAUAAUGAUCGUUUACGAAGGAGACGAGGACAAGGAAUCGAGUCCUCCGAUUGUGAAGAUGAUCGACUUUGCUAGAGUCCGAAGGCAGAGAGGUGGAGACGAAGGCUACUUGUUGGGGCUAAAUACACUCGCGACAUUGCUGCAUGAGAUCGUAUGUGAAUCACAAAACUGA